AUGGUUGAACUUCAAGUAAAUACUAAUCCUGAUUUGAAAAGUAAAUUAAUUGAAGAACAAUAUUUACAAGAAUCAAAUAAUUUACCAAUUUAUUUAACAAAAAUUGAAGUUGUUGGUGGUGAGUCAUUUUCUAAUCAAUUUUUCCAAAAUUUAUUAUCACCGAUUUUACAAAAUGGUGAUUUAACAUUUAUUCAAUUAGUUAAUAAAAUCAAAUCCCUGCAACUGAAAUUAAUUGAAACGGGGAUUUUUGAUAAAGUUGCCAUUCAAAUAUUACCGGAUAAUUUUUAUUCUUUAUCUUCUAACAAGAUUAAAUCUUAUAAUAAUGAACCUUCAUUACUCACUAAAGUAUUAAUUGAUUUACUGGCAAUUAAUUUAAGUAAUAAUCAAGGGUUUUUCAAUUUUAAUAAUGAAGAAUAUUUAAAUUUAAAAUUAAAUCAUAUUAAUCAUAAUUUCAAUGGUAAUGGGGAAUUAAUAUCAAUUGGUGUAGAUUAUAAUCCUUAUAAGCCUUUAGAUCAUUUAAUUGCUAAUGGGAAAUUCAUAUCAUAUUUGAAAAAUCCUAAAUUCAAAUUUUUGAUUGAUUUACAAUUAAAUCAAGAAAAUAAUGAAAUUUGGCAAGAUACAAAACAAGAAAUUAUUGGUGGGAAAUUAGGUUUACUAUAUGGAAACAGCACCACCAAUGAUUUGAGUGUUUUCACUGGGUUCCAACUUUUAAAACGUAAUUUAAUUAAUUUAGAUGAUGGCAAUUUUGAUUCAAUUAAAUUUUUCAAUGGCCAAUUUUUAAAAUCAUCGAUUUUAAAUCAAUUAAAAUAUCAAAAAAUUGAAUAUUUACAUGAUCAACUGAAAAAUUUCCCUAAAAAUGGUUAUGAAUUAUUAUUCAAUGGAGAAAUUUCUUCAAAUCAAGAACAAUUGAAUACUAAUAAUCUUAAUGAAUUUAUUAAAACUGAUUUACUGAUUAAUUUAUAUAAAUCAUUAUUUAAUGAGUUUUUCACUACUAAAUUCCAAGCUCAAUUAGGUGGAAUAUAUUCAUUCAAUAACAAUAAUAACGAUAGUAAUAAUAAUAAUAAACUUACACCAAUUCAUCCUUCAGAUAAGUUUUAUUUAGGUGGUUAUAAUUCAUUCCCUGGAUUUUCAAAAAAUAGUGUUGAACUACAAGGUGGUGAUCAAUAUUAUAAAUUACAAACCACAUUAUAUUCAAAAAUUCCAACCCUUUUAUAUGCUCCUCCUCCGCCAUCAGCAAGCACUAUUGGACUUGGCAAUGAACAAGAUUUAAAUCCAUUAAGAAUUUAUGCUACAGGGAUUAUUGGAAAUGUGGUUAAUUCAUCUAAAGCCAAUUUAUUAGAAGAUGAAAAUGGAGCAAUUAGUUAUGGCUUUGGAUUGAAAUAUUUUAAUAAUUGGGCUAAUUUUGAUAUUGGAUAUUUUUUCAGUAAAAGAUUAGCAUUCAAUAAUGAUACUAAUAGUGUUAAUACUGCUGGUAUUAAAGAUGGUUUACAUUUUUCAAUUUCAAUUGGUGGUUCCAAUAAUAACUAG